CAACGAGAUAGAUAGAUAGAUAGAUAAGCCAUUCUCCAAUCUCAGCUCAGCUCAGCCCUUGCCAACAUGGCUUCCAUCCCGAUACGGUGGUCACCGCCGCUCACCGUCUUUUCUGCAUCACCCCCAAUCCCCCCGUGCCAUGUGUCACUCCUUCCUUCUUUCAACCCGUUUGUAGUUCCACUGCGAAGAAGGACCACAACCUCGUUUUUGUGGAAGAAACCUCGUUCACGUCCAAGUGUUUCGGUAGUAGUGAAGUCACAGUUGAGUCAACCCAUCAUAUCCCCUAAUGACCACUGGGCAACUUGGUCAACUCUCUUCUCCAUUGGUGCCUUUGGUCUCUGGUCAGAGAAAACCAAGAUUGGGAGCAUGGUAAGUGCUGCUCUGGUGAGCACAUUAGUUGGGCUUGCAGCAAGCAAUUUAGGAAUACUUCCAUAUGAAGCACCAGCAUAUUCUCUUGUCUUGGAGUUUCUCCUACCCUUAACCAUUCCAUUGCUAUUGUUUAGAGCAAACUUGAAUCAAGUGGUGCGUUCCACCGGGACGCUGCUCUUAGCUUUCUUACUUGGUUCAGUGGCUACAAUUGUUGGUACUCUAGUGGCGUUUCUAAUAGUGCCUAUGCGAUCCCUCGGCUCUGAUAACUGGAAAAUAGCUGCUGCUCUCAUGGGUAGUUAUAUUGGUGGAUCUGUUAAUUAUGUUGCCAUUUCAGAGGCGCUUGGCAUGUCCGCGUCGGUUCUAGCUGCAGGAGUGGCCGCGGAUAAUGUUAUAUGCGCUUUAUAUUUCUUGGUAUUGUUUGCAUUGGCUUCUAAAAUUCCUCCUGAGGCUGCAGCUCCAACAACCACAGAUAAUGCAACUGAUUUGGAAUUGGAUUAUCAGGGCAACAUCCCUGUGUUGCAGAGCUCUACAGCUCUUGCUACAUCUUUUGUAAUAUGUAAAGUUGCUGCAUACCUAACAAAAUUAUCUGGAAUUCAAGGAGGAACGCUCCCGGCGGCGACGGCUAUCAUAGUCAUUUUAGCCACUCUUCUCCCUAAGCAGAUUGGUUCCCUUGGACCUGCCGGUCACACUCUUGCACUGGUCUUGAUGCAGGUAUUUUUCGCGGUGGUGGGAGCGAGUGGAAGUAUAUGGAAUGUGAUAAAGACUGCUCCAAGCAUCUUCUUGUUUGCAUUAGUUCAAGUUAGUAUCCAUCUUCUUGUGGUUCUAGGAUUGGGGAAACUGUUUAAGUUGGAUCUGAAACUGUUGUUGUUAGCAUCAAAUGCCAACAUUGGAGGACCUACAACAGCCUGUGGCAUGGCCAAGGCAAAACGCUGGGAAUCUUUGGUGGUUCCUGGAAUUCUUGCAGGUAUUUUUGGAGUCGCAAUUGCAACAUUCCUUGGUAUUGGUUUUGGUGUCAUGGUUCUCAAACACUUGUAGAGAUUACCAAUUUCUAAGAUUCGGAUAUGAUCAUCAAAUUUCAAGUUAGGAUGCUUAAACCAGUUUCAAAGUUCCACUUGACACAGUGUUAUGCUUCAUGUUUAAAUUUAGAUUACACUUUUAUAGUGUCGUUGAAGUUUGCAAAUUGAAUUUAUAGCUUAAAUUAAGCCUAGUGAGAAGAAUAGUUAGUUAAAUUUUAUAAAUAUGAAUUGGUCAAGGCUGAAACAUAAAAUUUUAUGGCUAUUUUAGGUUAUCAUGUGAUUGUUAAUUAAUAUACUUA